GACGUGCGGUUAAACGGUCGAUAAAGAGAAUAAAAUAGCAGCAGGAAUUGAAAAAAUAGUAAUAAAUUAAACAAACAAAACGCUAUCCAUAAAAAGCUAAAAAAAAGAAAUUUAAAUAAAAUAAAAGAAGAAGAGCAUGAAAAGAGUAUUCCUCUAGGAAAACCACGCUAUUGCAAGUUCCCACAUCAAUGUCACAGUGAAAGAAAAAAAAAAAUCAUAGCAAGUGAAUCAAAGUGCUUCCCCAGAGAUCUAAGAAACCUUUGGCUAAAACAAAGUUCACAAAGAUAAAAAGAAGGAAAGAAAGAACCCCAUAAAUAUUUUGAAAAAGAAAAAUAAAAAAUAAACAGAACUCUGUGCCAUCUAACUGAAAUUGUGUGUAUGAGUGUUAUCAUUUCAGCAAGGCCCGCAGUGUUGGUUAAAGGCUUACGGGACACACCAUUUGCAGCAUUUGUGUAUAUUUAUCGCACUGCUUGGAAGCUUGGUGUGUGAGAGCACAUGCCUUUGUUAAUGGGACACAAUGAAAACGCUUUUUUAUGAAUAAACCCCCCUCAAAAAAAAAAAAAAGAAACAAAACGAAAAAAUACAAAUACCAGAAAUCCUUUGAGCUUCUGCACUCUCCCUGAAGUUGGCCCAUGUCCCUAGGAGGUUGCAAAACAAACCAAAAAAAUAAAAACGGUAAAACAAAGCAGGAAAACCUUUGAGGUUUUAACUAACGCACAUAUGUUAAAGUAAAUACUUUGUAUGUGUACACGAUUUCCUUUCCUUUUUGUGAUUUUAAUCAACUCGAGCAAAUAAACCAUAGAAUUUUGUUGGUCUAAACUAAGGCUAAUUGUUAUUUGGCUGGAAUACAACAGCAGAACACCUGUGUGGGACCAUUGCCUAGCAGUGAAUUGUGUUGUUAAUUGAAUUCCACUGCAGGGUUUUGAUCAAAGUAAAGCCAAGCCAAGCCAGGCAUUAUACAAAACACACCAACUUCCGUUUCCGGUUGACACUGCUACUCUCAGCAGCAGUUAUUGCUGUAUCGCAUAACGCCAAAGGCUCAGAGGGCCUUAGAAUUGGAUUCCACAGCCACAUAUCAGAGAAUGACACGCGUAAGGCGCAUUGUGCUGUGAACGCCAACCAUAAUGACCAUAAAAGGAUCAUAAAACACAAACAAAACAAAGGCAGCCUCAACCAAAUGAAUGCAUCAUUAGAAGCGACACGCCGCUCUGCUGUUAAGACCCAACUCAAUGAAAAAACAGAAAAUGCCGCUGAAUUCCAUGAAACAGACAUAAAACAAACAUUGAGGCGCAAAAAUUAAAGGAACGCAAAAAAAUCCAACAAUCACAACACAAAACAUAAAAAAAUCAUUCUAGGGUAAUAACCAACAACAAGCAAGAAAGGCAUUAAGUUUAUAUUGAACAAAAAAAAAAAAUCAAACUAAACAGACAUUAGAGACUGAUGUUGGAAGAGUAAAAAAACAGCGCUAAUUGCAAUUGCAUGAAACUGCAAAGGAAACAACAAAAACUUUCCAUUACAAAAGAGAAACAAGUCAAGGUUGCCGAAAACACACAAAAACUAUCCUUAAACAAGCCACUCAACAUCAACAUCAGUGGUGUGAGCAUAUACAGCGCUUUAUAUGCAAUUCAUGUUUUGGGGGGAGCAUCUCUUACUCUCCUCUGCAGAGAAUCGCUCUCAUCCUCAGCCAUAGAGAUUAAAUGCUAAUGCUGUGAUGAAUGUAUGCGUUGAAUUGCUCAUCGUAUGAUUACUUUGACAAUCCAAUGUCAAGCGGCCAAUGAAGAGAAGAAGGAGAAGAGUAACAAACACUUAUAACGAUGAUGAUGAUGCUGAUGCUGACAACACCCACGAUUAUCCAAGCACCAACAAAAACAAUAACAAGUGAAAUAAUCCCCAAAAACUUAACAACAACAACGGCAUAACUACUGCCAACAACAUCUGUGACCAACAAUAACCAACAAAACGUCACGAAUCUGUGCGUGUGUGUGCUUGCAAAGAGAAAUGUAGACAACUGUUAAAGAAUUUCAAGUUUUUAGGGCAAAUUUACAAAGUUCAUCAAAGUGGAAAAUUUAAAGAACUUAAAACGAAUACACAGUACGCGACUGACUGACGGUGAAGAUACUUAACACUGAAAGUAAAAAAAGGUUGCAAGGACAAGGUCUCGCACAACAAGCAAGACAACAACAACAACAGCAGCAGCAGCAAUUGCAAAGACGAAGGCGAAGGCAAUAAGAGAACCAAGCCCUUGUUUCUGGUGUUGUUUAAUGUGGAAUAGAAACGGAAAUUAAAAUAAAACACGCCAGCGAUACCUAAAAGCCCCACCCUGCCCUAGUCGCUGGGGCAAAACACUACAACAACAACAACAGAAAACAGACUUCAACACUACAACCAGCAUAUGCAAAUUCUGUCUAAGACCACCACAACAAGCACUACGACUACGUAAUUGCAAGCCAAGCAUUUUGCAUUAAGCAUUUGCUGGUGUUUUUUGCUUUUUGUUGCGUUUGCAAAUUAAAAUCUCACCUUAAGAGUGCCGGCAUACCCCAUACGGCCAUACCCCGCCAUAUUUUAGAAAACACACAGACGACAUGCCCGAACAGGAUAAUUACGAUGAUGAGCUGGUGUCCAGUAAUCCAAAUCAACGCAAUUGGCGUGGCAUACUCAUUGCCCUGUUGGUCAUAACAAUAGUUUUAGCCUUAAUUGUAACAUCUGUGGUACUGCUCACACCCCCCGACGAGGGUCCUAGAGUCAAGGGACAGCGUCUGAAGUUGCAGGAGAUAGUGGAUGGCGCAUUCAUGCCUCAGAAAUCCAAUGGAACUUGGAUAAAUGAAGAGGAAUUCCUUUAUCAGGAUCAUUGGGGACGCAUUUGUCUUUUGAAUGUUGCCAAUCUAACAGAACGUGUCUUAAUGUCAAAUGUUACAUUUAAAACUUUAGCGCCGUACACAUUCACCAUUUCAGCCGAUAAACGCUAUUUGAUGGUGUCACAAAAUGUUAUUAAAUUAUUCCGUCACUCAUUUUUGGCCCAAUACACAUUGUUUGACAUUCAAACGAGUGAAAGUAUUAAAUUGAAAAUCGAUAGCAGUGACGACGAGUGGCCCUAUUUGCACUAUGCUCGCUUUACGCCCCACAACAAUGCCAUCGUCUUGGUCUACAAUUACGACAUCUACUACUGCCAGGGGGCGCGUUCACAAUUUGUUCAUCGCAUAACGCGAGAUGGCGUACCGGGGGUUGUAUUCCACGGCAUACCCGAUUGGCUGUAUGAAGAGGAAAUUUUAAAUACGAAUAAUGCAAUUUGGCUUUCACAUGAUGGCCAUAUGAUGUUGUAUGGCUCAUUCAAUGAUUCCAUGGUGCAGGAACAGCACUUUGCCUGGUAUGGUACAACCAGCAGCAACAACAACAACUACAACAAUGCAAGAGGUAGCUCAGCCACUUCGGCUGGUGCUGGCAAUCAUCCAAAUGCUAAUUUAUAUCCGGAAAUACGGUCACUAAGAUAUCCCAAGCCUGGUACACAAAAUCCUCAUAUAACACUAAAAGUGGUUGACUUAAAAGAUCCAGAGAAAUUUCGCAUGCGGGAAGUUCAGCCACCAAAUAUCCUGCAGGAUGAAGAGUACUAUUUUACCAGCGCCAGUUGGGUUAGCGAAACUGAAAUAAGUGUGGUUUGGCUAAAUCGACCACAAAAUAUUUCCGUGGUUAGCGUAUGCAAAUCGCCCAUGUUUGUCUGUGUUGAGACACAUCGUGUUAGCGGCGAUGGACGUGGCUGGGUCGACACGGUUUCCGUGCCGCUUUUUGCUGCCAAUGGAACCUCCUACAUUUCCAUAUCGCCAUUGCGUGAUGGCAAUUCUGGAUAUUUCCGUCACAUUGUGCACGUUCAUGUGGCGAGGAAGCGUGUCAUACCUUUGACACAUGGCCAAUACGAGGUGAAGCAACUGCUGCAUUGGGAUCAAGUCAACAACUGGAUCUAUUUUCUGGGAGUACCAGAGCGCCUGCCCUCGCAACAGCACUUAUAUAGGGUAUCAGCGCAGCCACCACGUCAUGGCUCACCUCUCUAUGCCCCCGAAUGUAUAACAUGCCCCUUGCCCAAGAACAGUGAUGGCACUUACAACUAUGAGGCCCAUACCAAACCCCCACCGAAGCUGGUCACUGCUUGGGAUGAUGACUGGGAGAAUUCCGAGGAAACGCCAGCGGUGGCAGGUCCAGCGCUACCCUUGGAGCAGAAACAUCCUAGAGCGGCCAAAAUCUCUGAGGCAGCCAGUGAAUGCCUAUACCACAAUGCCAAAUUCCCGCCCAGUUAUCAGGCCAAAUUUGUGCUCAUCGAUUGUCUGGGGCCCGUGGUGCCAACCUCGAGCAUUUACAUUGUCAAUCAUGGUCUGGGAGAGCGCAAUAGCGGCAGCAAUGGUGGUAAUGGCCAUGGUAAGCCCCAUCUGCCCUUGGAGCUGCUGAUGACAAUACAAAACAACACCCGGCUUAAGGAAAGAAUGGCACGCACUGCUAUGCCCCAAGUGAAAGCUUUCCCUGUUAUGAUCUCUGGAGGUUAUCAUGCCCAAGUUCGAUUGUACCUACCUCCGGUUCUGCGGGAAGACGAAAUAACCAAAUAUCCCACAAUACUUCAUGUGUAUUCGGGACCGGGAACCCAAUUGGUCACCGACAAAUGGCAUGUGGAUUGGAAUUCGUAUUUGGCGGGCAACAAGGAUUACAUUGUUAUGGAGAUAGAUGGUCGAGGUUCGGCGGGUCAGGGCUACCAGCUGCUGCAUGAGGUCUACAAGCGUUUGGGCACCGUAGAAGUGUCCGAUCAGCUAGAGGUCAGCGAGUACCUAAGAGAUAAUCUACAUUUCAUUGAUGGUCGCCGCAUGGGAGUUUGGGGUUGGAGUUAUGGUGGCUAUACAGCGGCUUUGGCGCUGGCAGGAACCCAAUCCAUAUUUCAGUGUGGCAUAAGCGUUAGUCCGGUUACCAAUUGGAAGUUGUAUGACUCCACCUACGCUGAACGUUAUCUUAGUUUUCCGAAUGUCACCGACAACUACAAGGGCUAUGAGGAGGGUGAUCUCUCGAAAUAUGUGGAUAACUUGCGGGACAAACAAUUCCUCUUGAUACAUGGCACAGCGGAUGAUAAUGUGCACGUGCAGCAAUCUAUGGUCUUGGCACGAGCUCUAACCAAUAAAGGUGUGCUAUACAAACAGCAAAUCUAUCCGGAUGAGGGUCAUCAGCUGUCGGGUGUUAAGCGACAUCUAUAUCGAUCCAUGACCGCCUUCUAUGAUGAUUGCUUUAAAAAAUUGGUCCCACCUGAAUCAAAGGCCGGCCUGGGAAAUGGUGGUGAUAAUCAACAGCAAUAAAUCUGUUAAUGUCAACGACAUGCUAGGGUGUAUGACUACAUUUUGCCACCUGUGCAGAACAUUUAAGCACACUUCUGUGUAUUCUUCAUUUGAUAAAUAUUUGUGUUCUAACAAAUUAAAUUUCCUCAAUGAAUGGACAACAUAAUCAAAUUUUAGCAUAUAUAAAAAUGGGAAAUUAUAAUCAAAUUGACAGCAGCGAGUCCUCUAACAAAAACAAACACAAAACCAUGGUUGUGAAAUGUUUAAUUGAACAAGCUCCCCCUCAAAAAUAGGCAACCAAUAAAAUUCAGAGCCCACAACCAAAGCAGCUAAAAGUAUGCAAUGGUUUUCGCUCAGUGACAAAAUAAAAAUAAAGUCCCCUAACAAGCAUGGGCGAUGUUAUAUAACCAUAGAAAUGAGCUCUAUAUUCAAUUUAAAGUAUAACCAGAAACUACAAUGCCAAUCAGCCAAUGUGUUAAGGUGUGCGAGUGUGUGUGUGUGUGUGUGUGCCUUACAACACACAUAUGAAUAAAACUCAGCGCAAUAAAUAAUCAAAAUUAAAACAACUGCAUAGGUAUGUCACCAUCAAUUUGUGCCACACCAAUACGAAUACCAGAAAUCCAAUCAAACCCAACCAACGUCGCAUACCACAUACCAAACGGUAUUUAAAAUUCACACCAUGAGACUAUAGAAAAAACAAUUUUGUUCUUUUUCCGCAGUGCAUGUAUAAAUGAAUAAUCCGCCGGUUUUGUGUGAAAGGAUUCUAGCACAUUAUUCUCUUGCAUUCUCUUCCUAUCCCACUGCCACUUAUUGUCACUGGGCUGAACGAAAAUAAAACACACUUGCCGUGCGCCAUACUCCAAAAUUCCUGGCUAAAUGAUUAUAUGCCCAGAGACAUAAAUUUUCAAAUUUAUAUGGCAAAACAUAAAUUUGUUUUAAUGGUCCGAGCCGAGGGCUGAACGGGAGAAGAAGGUGGGAAUGAGAAAGACAAUAUAAGACAGCCAUGAACGGUAAUGUUUUAAAUGACAACUUCAAGCCAUCCCUGCUGUAUGCUCCCCCCUGAAAGUAUGCUGUAAAAUGUCAUUGCCAUUGACAAUUAACUCAUUUCAUCAAUUUGAAAUAACUUUAUUCUUCGAGGUAAAUUUUACUUAUAAGUUGCCUUAGGUCUUGGCCUUGCGUUUUUAACCUAUUUGGCCCUAAAGACAUUUCCAAACAAUUUGUCUUGCCUUUGUUUCACACGGGAUGCCCUGGCCGACGGUGACUCUUUGCUGUUUUGUUAUACUCCAUUCACUCAAGAGGUGUUUACUAUGUUAAAGCUUAAUUGUCAUUAGCCUUUUUGCUCUCCCUUAUGUGCUAAACACAAAAAAUCCAAAACACACUUACACACACGUAUAAAUCUGUACACCCACUUCUAUACAGAGCAGCCUUAGUCAAUGCUUUUGUUCUAAACAAUGGCUGUAGAAAAUAGUGAAUAAUGGUACUGUGCUGCUGUUGGGUCGGUGACAAGAAUGCUGCUUGUUUAGCCAUUCAAGUAUUCAGCCACAAGAGACCAAACUAUUUUUAAGGCAUAGUCAGAGAAGUUAUAAAAUAAAGCAUACUUUUCGGAGUAAGGCAUCACAAGUGGGGGUUCGGACAUAUAGUUAUGUAGAUUUUUAUCUAAAUUAAAAUAAAAAGGCAUGUCAAGAGUAGAAGGAAAUUCGAUAUGCAAAUCUUUGGAUAAAAUGUGCUAAUAUUGAACGAAAUAGGAUUGAAAUUAAGACAACAGGGGGAUAAAAAACAUGGCAAAAACAGAAGAAAGCAGCAUGUUCAUCAUGUUUGGAUUUGUCUUUAGAGACAAUUGGAUGGAAUUUUUGUCUUUAGAAAAAAUUUCAGAGAUAAUUGCACAUAGGACAAAUUUUGUUUUUAUUUUUAAUUCCAUGAACACAUUGUUUAAACAGAAAUUUCAGGAAAAAAUUAUUUUAAAAUGUUUGUCUCUAGACAAAAUUUCUUGGAAAUUUUGAGGAUAGUUGUUUUUAAAGGCAAUUUCAUGGACAAUUUUUCUUUGAUGGAAAUUUUAUGAAAGGAAAAAUUUGUGAAAAUUUUAUCCUAGAGCAACCAUCGAAUAAAAAAAGACAGGAGUAGUGGAGAAACCGAGCGGGUGGUGAAGAACCGCCCAUCCCUACGCAAGCACGGAUCUACCUAUGCCGAAGCUUAUGGCACCCCCAUCGGAACCAUCCUGUUCUUUCAACAAACCUCAGGAGACAUACCAUAGGUACGUUUGCAAGAUCACCCAGAUCAUAGAAGAAACGGCUUCCCAGAAAAAAGAGUCUACCUCUCUGCAGACCCGGCGCACUCGUCCGCCCUCUCAUUUCCUAGAAUCCCCUCAUGCCCAGGAAUCCAUGUUAGAGUCACAUGGUGGACCCGGAGCCUAUCCAGGGAUUCCAAACAAUCCGCCACGCAUCACGACCUUACCUUCCUCGACCCCAAGGCCUUGAGCGCCGCCAUACUAUCCACAUAAAUUCUGAGUUUCGAGGGGGGUAAGCCCCUUAACAGAAUUUCUAUUACUGCAAUGGCAUAGACCUCUGCGUAAAAGACCGUACACUCGUCUGGUAGUCUCAGAGACAUACUGAUAUUGAGUGCAUCAGAGUAGACCCCCAAUCCUGACUCUAUCUUGGACUGUAUAGAUCGAGGUCUCAUCCUCCUCAAGUAAACCAUCCGCCCUCCAUUCGUCUUUCUCAGGAAAUCGAAUCGCGAAUGCCCUCACUCCAGUCGGCACUGGUGCCAGGUAGUCGGAGAUCCUCCUCAGUCCACCCUCCGUAUCUAUUACACUUAAAAUCGAACUGUGGAUGCAACCAACCUCUAGUACGAGGUCUCACAUUUUCUUUCUCUUCCCUUUCUCUCUCUCUAGGGUAGCACCGUGGGCCAAACUGGCCUCCGAGUGAACUCACCCUUGGUGGGCAACCCAUUCAACCUAACCUAACCUAAACUUGUCUUAGAACUGUCUUUAAAGAAGAUCAAAUUAGUUUUUCUGAUUUUUAGGUAGAUUUAUAUUUCAAAAAUUUCUUUUAAUUGCAAUGAAAAAUCAUUCGAAAUAACGUAGGUUUUUUCUUAUUGCAAUACAAAUUUCACUGCAUACUUUUUGGCUGGUCAUUAAAAAUUUCUCUGAAAUAUUGCAUACUUUUUGGCUUGUAUCUCUAUAUAUAUAGUUUUCUCAAAAAUUCCUAGAAAAUAUAACCCCCUUCCCCCUUAAAAAAUAAACAUAGUUUAAUAUUGACCUAUACAAUUAUCCAGUAAAUAGAAAAUGGAAGUAUUAUAUUGUUUUAAAAAAUUUUGCAUACAUCCUAAACUAAACUACUACAUAAAAUAGUUUUGAAUUAAUAACGUUUUAACGUAGAAUUCUAAGGACCAAUUAAAACAUACGCAUUACCCCAUAUAUACAUAAAAGAAACGUAGGAAUAAUAUAUACAUACAUACCUAAUUAGAAAUUGACAUGUUAUGGAUAUUGCUAUUAAAAUUAAAGAAAAAGAAGAA